AUGCAUUACACUGAGGGUUGUCAUUCAAUAAGUGUGGAUUCUGAUUCUUUGUUCUCGUCUGCUUGCUGGACGUUGAACAUGGAAGUGCGGGGAAAGAAAUCAGUGUUGGGUUCCAUCUCAGAUGCAGACUCUGGAUGCGCUCUGGAGGAAUACACCUGGGUUCCUCCUGGACUGAGGCCUGACCAGGUCCAGCUGUACUUUUCUUGCCUACCAGAGGAGAAGGUGCCCUAUGUUAACAGCUCUGGAGAGAAAUACAGGAUUAGACAACUGCACUAUCAGCUCCCACGUCAUGAUGAGAUUCGCUACAGUGAGUCGUUUAGUGCAGAGGAGAGGAGGGAGGUGUACAUGUUUAGCAUGCAGAGGAAGAAAGAGGCUCUGGAUAGAGGAACUCCUAAACUUUUGCCUAGAGCCCUGCACAACACCAGCUGUGAACAUUGUAAAGAGAAAAUCCCUGGAGGUGACAUGGCAGUGUUUGCAUCAAGAGCUGGCUCUGGGCAUUGCUGGCACCCUGCAUGCUUCUGUUGCUCUACGUGCAAUGAGCUUCUGGUUGACCUUAUAUACUUCUUUCACAAUGGAAGGAUCUACUGUGGAAGGCAUCACGCUGAGCUUCUUAAGCCAAGAUGUUCGGCUUGUGAUGAGAUAAUCUUUGCAGAUGAGUGCACAGAGGCUGAAGGUCACCACUGGCACAUAAAUCACUUCUCUUGUUUUGAGUGUGAGACAGUUUUGGGAGGACUGAGAUAUAUAAUGAAGGACGGCCAUGCUUUUUGCUGUGGAUGCUUUGAGUCUCUAUAUUCAGAAUACUGUGAGGCUUGUGGGGAAAGCAUUGGAGUAGACAGUGCUCAGAUGACAUACGAGGGCAUGCACUGGCAUGCCACUGACAAAUGCUUCUGCUGUGCUCAUUGCAAGACUUCUCUUCUUGGUUGCCCUUUCCUUCCAAAGGGAAAACAAAUAUACUGCUCUAAAUCCUGCAGCCUUGGUGAGGACAUCCAUGCCUCAGACUCUGCUGAUUCUGCCUUUCAGUCUGUUAGGUCACGAAAGUCCCAGCGGGUUGUGCCGAUAGGUAAAAGUAGCCGGCCUACAGCACAGUGCAAGCGUUUAAUGGCAACAGGCAGCCAAAGCUUAAAGCUUUAUGAAGACAGCAAAAAGAUAAUGUGUCCUCAGCUAGAGCACCUUAACUUUGCAGAUAAUCUUUACUGGAGAGAUGAGCAGGACUUAGCUGGAGACAGUUCAGUAGAGUGGGCUGAGCAUGAGGACUAUAUGACUCAACUUCUUCUGAAAUUUAGCAACCACAGAGUUGCCCAGCAAGAAGAAGACACCAGGCUGAAUAAGCAAUUGAUUCUGACAGACUCCAUUAAAAUAAAUCAAGCCAUGACAAUGAGUGGGCAAAAUUUAGCUAGUAAACAUCAUACAGAUUUAUACUGGACUCAGGAGUCUCAGGAUGGCUUCGGAGACUCUGCCUAUGGGAGCCAUCCAGGGCCAGCCAGUGCCAGAAAGAUGCAGGAACUGGAUUCAGACCAUGGAACAGAGGCUAACUUUUGGGCAAAGCAACCUAGGCAAUGUCUUGAUGACUCCUUGAAAUUUAUCACAGAUGACCUGAAAAUGGCUGAACAGAAUAUACUCAGAUCUACAGAUUUAUUAUCUCCCUCAAAUGUCACUGGAGCCAUAUCCAACAGAGACAGCAACGAUGAACAGAUGACCUAUUCACAUCAGUGCUUACAUCAGCUGGACGAGGAGGAUGAGUGGGAUAAAAUGAGCAAUAUGGGCACAUUAAACUCCUCUAUGUUACACAGGAGUGCCCACUCUUUGAGAAGCCUAAACUCACUGUUGGACAAUGUAGAAGUAGUAGGAGAUGGGGAAGAGGAAAUAGAGACAAGUCUGCCUUUACAUCUCUCAGGACUAAGAGGGACCAAGUCCCAAAUUCAACAGGUGGAUUUUUCUGACAGUGGGUAUUAUGGGAAAUUUAUUAAUAAAACGAGGCCAUCCCAAAUGAGAGAAAGAUCACACAAACAGAUCCACCACAUGGAGGAGAGUAAAAUUCAGCUUAAAAAUCACAAACACAAUCAAGGUAAGAAAACGUUUUCUGAAAAUGCCCUUCAACAGCCUGCUGAAUCUAAACCUACUCAGAAUAUUCCAAAGACCAGAAAAGGGAUUCUCCUUAACCGGCCUAUACAACAAAUUCUGCAUAACUAUGACCUACCAGCAGUGGAUCACUUUAAUGACUUUUAUGAUGAUGAUGACAUUGAUUGGUAUUCUACAUGUUCUUCCUCAUCCUCAGAUUCUGAGGAAGAAGGAUUCUUUUUAGGUAAGCCCAUACCCAAACCCAGGUCUCAAAGUUUACGUUAUAACACAGAAGACUGCCAAAACCGUGCAACAAAAUCACAGAUCAAAUCUAAAAAAAGAAGUCACAAGGGCAAGAAAUGUAUAAUUUCCUAACCAGUCCAAGACAUUGUGUUUGUAACUAAACCAUAAACAUGCAAGUCAUUAAAAAAGAGUAAUUCCUGUCGAUAUUAUUUCUGCAUUGUGCUACACAGCGUCUCUGCUUUUUGUUGAGGUUUGAAUGUAUACUCUUCAACAUGUACUGUAUAUAUUUGCAUAUGUUUUUUCAUUCAAAGCAAUGUAAAACUGAUACAUGUGGUGGUGGGGUGACUGUGGAGGUCUCCUUAAUGCUUCAGAUUAAUAUUCCAGGACUGACUGCUAAGCCACAAGCCACUACUGUGUAAUAUGCUUUAAUACUCUUUAGUUGAACUGACCUGAUGUUGUGGUAUAACAUUGAACAUGAACCAAUGUGUAGCAAUAGCACUAACAGAAAAUAAGUAAUAUUUAAUAUAAUAAACAUGUAUAUUUGUUAAAUUAAGACAGAAUAAAGAUCAUUUUAGUUUUAUAACGUCACUUUUUCCAAUUCUAUUUAUACACUUACAUUCAGUGUUUUGCUAUUAACAAGGGUUUUUGUAGGGUUUUGUAGAUGAAAAACACUCUUAAUUUGUCAUGUGUAUAGUAGCCCUGUUCUAGCAUGGUGCCUUGUGUCUAUAAAAAUCUAUUUGGGCUCCUGUCUUAAGGAAAUAAAGUUUUUUUUUCAUUUCUUGUACUUUGAUUGUAUCCAGAGGUUUUUAAACAUGCACAUUUACCCUGUCUCCGGUUAAUCAAAUUAAUAUUUGAUUUGA